UCUUUUCAUUAAGCAAUAUUAUACUAGUUAAAGCAUAAGUAUGUUUUGUCAUUUUCUUGACCUUGAUUCCCGUUGUGCAUUUUCCCCUGUUUGAUGGAAAAUUCAACUCCACAAAGAAAAAGAAAAAGAACGAAGCAAACAAAAAGAGACAACUCACUUCUCUACACUCCUCUAGUCCUCUUCCCUAGUCCACUCCUCAAACGAUGUGCGCCCUACCAAAACCCUUCCGCCACCGCCACCGCUACCGCCACUAUCUAUUGUCUUUCUUUCUCCUCCUCACCGCCUCCAUCACCGCCUCCGCCGUCGACCCAAAACCAGUGGAAGCGUUACUACCAUCUGACGCCGUAGCUCUACUCAAGUUCAAGCUAAAAGCAGACAUCGGAAACAAGCUCCUCUACAAUCUCAACGAGCGAUUUGAUUACUGUCAAUGGCAAGGUGCGAAAUGUGUUCAAGGUCGAGUGGUUCGUUUCGUACUUCAAGGCUGCGGUCUGAGUGGUAUCUUCGCCGACAAUACCUUGACUCGACUAGACCAGCUCCGGGUGCUCAGCCUCCGGAACAACUCUCUCUCCGGCGUUAUACCGGAUUUGUCUCCUCUUACCAACCUCAAAACACUCUUCCUUGACCACAAUGCUUUCUCCGGGACGUUCCCGCUGCCAUUGGUCUCGCUUCACCGUCUCCGGUCACUUGAUCUUGCUCGGAAUAGCCUCGCCGGACCACUACCUAUUGAACUGAACUCUUUAGACCGGCUCACGUACCUCCGGCUAGAAUGGAACCGGUUCAACGGUUCUCUUCCGCCGCUCAACAUAACCACUCUCGAAGUGUUUAACGUCACCGGGAAUAACCUCACCGGAUCGAUUCCAGUCACGCCUGCUCUCUCGAGAUUCGAUAUUUCAUCGUACUUGUUAAACCCUGGGCUCUGCGGGAAGAUCCUUAACAAAAUCUGCGACUCAAAGUCUCCGUUCUUCGACGACACUCCUCCAGGCGUUUCAGCUCCGGCGCCGCUACUUCAAAACGUAGGGUCUCAAGGUCUGCUUGCUUCUCCGCCGUCUACGCGGAGGCACAGGAGAAUCGGCAUAAUCCUAGGGUUUAUAAUCGGACUCCUAAUCCUUAUAGCGAUUGUUCUUUUGCUUGUCACUAUUGUGAAUAAACGAAGGAAUCGUCAACAUCAAACGAAAUCAGUUGACUACAGCUCAGAUGAAGAAAACGAAACUGAAAACGAAAUCGACAACCGAAACGUUAGCACAUUUCAUGCGAUUUCAACAAACACAGCAAGCGAAGUGCGAAUCGUUAGCAAGGAAGCCGAAAUCAAAGAGAAGAAACUGGAAUUACCUCAACACCACCGAGAGAAAAGCGGCAAUUUGAUAUUCUGCGAAGGCGAAUCAGCGAUGUACAGUCUGGAACAACUCAUGUCAGCAUCGGCGGAGCUGCUAGGGAGAGGAGUGAUCGGAACAACAUACAAGGCAGUCAUGGAUAAUCAGCUGAUCGUAACAGUGAAAAGACUCGACGCCGGGAAGACUGCAACAACGUCCGGUGAAGCUUUCGAGAGACAUUUGGAAGCGGUUGGAGGACUCCGGCAUCCUAAUUUGGUUCCGGUGAGAGCUUAUUUUCAGGCGAAACAAGAGAGGCUAGUCAUCUACGAUUAUCAACCGAAUGGGAGCCUCUACAACCUAAUCCAUGGAUCAAGAUCAACAAGGGCAAAACCACUUCAUUGGACAUCAUGUUUAAAAAUCGCGGAAGACAUAGCUUUAGGUCUCGCAUACAUCCACCAAGCCUCACGUCUCAUCCACAACAACCUAAAAUCCUCAAACGUCUUACUCGGUUCCGACUUCGAAGCCUGUCUAACCGACUAUUGCCUCCUAGUCCUCGCGGACCCCACUUCAAUCGACGAUUCCAUUCCCACGGGCUACAAAGCUCCGGAAUUGAGAAAGUCAUUCCACCGAGCCACAACGAAAUCCGACGUCUACGCGUUUGGAGUCCUCUUGUUGGAGCUUUUAUCUGGUAGGCCGCCGUCCCAACAUCCACACCUUGUUCCGGAUGACAUGGCGGAAUGGGUGAGAGCCAUGAGGGAGAAUGAUGACGUGGCGGGUGAUGAUAGGCUCGGGAUGCUUGUUGAGGUGGCAGGUGUUUGUAGCUUGACUUCACCGGAACAAAGGCCGGUUAUGAGACAAGUGUUGAAGAUGUUACAGGAGAUUAAAGAGAGUGGUAGUAUUGAUAAUGGUAAUGGUAAUGGUAAUGACACUUACAAGGGAUAUUCAUAGCAUGAAGGAAAUUUGAGAGGUAGGAGCUUCAUGUUUUUUGAUGUACAAUGUGGUGUUGAUUACUGGUUAGCUUGAGUUUAUUCAUAUGAAAUGUUUGUAAAGAUUAAGUACUGAAAUUUGAAGUAAGAGAUCAGAUCCCUACAGUUUGUUGUUAUAUACAAAAGAUUGUUUCUAACAGAAAAA